UAUUCCUCCCUAUAUUUCCUAAAUCUAUAUAGUACUGUAAUUCAUUUCUUCUAUCUCUCUUAGAUAUAAAAUAAAAUAUAUAUAUACACAUAUUCCGGCCAGUUUUUUUCAUUUCAACUUUCUUUGUUACGCACAGUAUAUAUUAAAUUAAAUUAAAUUAUAUAAUAUAAAUAUACAUAUAAUAAUCAUGCCAAAUGAGAAAUACAUGAUGCCGGUAAUACCAUCAUCAACAAAUCUAUCCGAUCCAUUUGGUCAACUAGGUUCGGAUCUAUCAGACUCGGAGCUCCGAGAAACCGCCUACGAGAUAUUCGUGGGAGCAUGCCGGAGCUCCGGUGGAAGCAGGCCGUUGACUUACGUAUCUCAAUCGUCCGGCAAGUCAUUGGCUGCUUUGCCGUCGCUACAGAGGUCAGUGACGACGACGGCGUCGAGUAAGGUUAAGAAAGCGUUGGGAAUGAAGUCUAAAAAGGUUUUAGCGACGGAAAAUCGGCCGGCGACGGUCGGAGAGUUGAUGAGAGUUCAGAUGAGAAUUUCUGAACAGGUUGAUUCUAGGGUUAGACGUGCUUUACUCAGAAUUGCUGCUGCUCAGCUUGGCAGGCGUAUUGAGUCGAUAGUUUUACCGGUAGAAUUUUUACAACAGUUUAAGCCUUCUGAUUUUCCGAAUAGGCGAGAAUAUGAUGUAUGGCAGAGAAGAAACUUGAAGGUACUCGAGGCAGGGCUGUUACUACAUCCUAAAGUACCUCUUGACAGUAAAGAUACUGCAGCUCAACAACUCCGCCAUAUUAUAUGUGGGGCCGGUGAGCGACCCAUGGAAACUGGGAAACAUAGUGAAGCAGUUCAAACUCUACGUAAGGUUACCUUGCAGCUUGCUUGUCGGUCAAAUGAGGAUUAUGCCCCUGAUACUUGCCAUUGGGCAGAUGGGUCCCCGUUGAAUCUUCGGCUCUAUCAGCUUCUUCUUGAAGCUCUUUUUGAUGUCGAGGAGCCAACAUCCAUGAUUGAAGAGGUUGAUGAGGUGUUAGAACUUAUAAAAAAGACAUGGGGUAUUUUAGGAAUUCACCAGAGUUUCCAUAAUCUUUGUUUUUCAUGGGUAUUAUUCAACCAUUAUGUAUCCACGGGUCAAGUUGAGGACGAUUUCCUUUUUGCUGCUGAUAACUUAUUAUUACAAGUCAAGAAAGAUGCAAAGGCGACUUUGGAUUCAGGGUAUUCCAAGACUUUGUUUUCUACCUUGAACUCAAUGUUGGAGUGGGCAGAACGAGGACUUCUAGCUUACCAUGAGUCGUUUUACAGGGGUAAUAUUCAGUUAAUGCAGAGUAUUCUCUCUCUUGGAUUAUCUGCAGCCACCAUUUUGGCAGAAGAAAAUCCUCGUGAGAAUGGUAGAAUGAAAAUCUCUGAUGUUGAAAACUCCAAAGUUGACAUUUAUAUCAGGUCAUCAAUGCGCAAGGCUUUUAGUCAGGAGAACGAGAAAGUACGCUUAAGCCGGAAGUCAGCAAAAGCUCAACUAAAUCAUCUUCCUGCACUCUGCAUGCUUGCCCAAGAUGUUACUGACUUGGCAUUUACUGAAAAGGAGAUAUACAGUCCAAUACUACAAAGAUGGCAUCCUCUUGCAGUUGGAGUGGCAGUGGCAACCCUUCAUUCUUGUUUUGGGCUAGAGGUGCAGAAAUUUGUGUCAGGAAUCAAAGAGUUGACUCCUGAAGUAAUACAAGUCUUGAUAGCAACUGAUAAGCUGGAGAAAGAUUUAGUACAGAUGGCUGUGGAAGAUUCAGUUAACAGCGAUGAUGGCGGAAAGUCAAUAAUUCAAGAGAUGACUCCUUAUGAAGCUGAAGCUGUAAUUGUAGAUUUGGUUAAAACUUGGAUUAAUACUCGUGUGGAUAGACUUAAGGAAUGGGUUGAUAGAACUUUGCAGCAAGAGGUGUGGAACCCAAAAGCAAACAAAGAACGGUUUGCUCCUUCUGCAGUGGAGGUUCUGAGAACUAUUGAUGAAACUCUGGAAGCAUUUUUUUUGUUGCCAAUACCAAUGCGUCCUGAUCUGCUUCCUGAAUUGAUGAGUGGUCUUGAUAGAUGCCUUCAAGAUUACAUAUUGAAAGCAAAAUCCGGUUCUGGUUCUCAAAGUUCUUUUCUUCCAAUAUUGCCUCCUUUGACUCGAUCUAAAGGAGGCUCAAAGCUCAAUGGAGUAUUCAAGAAAAAGGAUCGGUCACAAAUGUCCCAAAGAAGGAAAACUCAACUGAACACUGUAGACGAUGAUGAUUCCUAUAGUAUACCACAGUUGUGUGUUCGUGUGAAUACUUUUCACUACAUCAGAAAAGAUUUGGAAGUUCUAGAGAAGAGGACAAUUGCCCAGUUGAAAAGUAUUGGAAUUCGUGAGGGCAGUAUGGUAAAUGGAUUGAGAAAAAACUUCGAGUUAUCUUUGGCUACUUGUGUAGAAGCUAUUCAACAAGUAUGCGAGGCAACAGCAUAUAAGCUCGUCUUUGAUGAAUUAUGUCAUGUGUUUUGGGAUGGUUUAUAUGUAGGGGAAGUGUCAUAUUCAAGAAUUGAACCUUUCCUACAAGAGUUAGAACAGAGUCUUGAAAUUAUAGCAGGAAAUGUACAAGAUAACACCAUUCGAACACGACUAAUAACAAACAUAAUGAAAGCUUCUUUUAAAGGGUUUUUGUUGGUUUUGCUUGCUGGUGGCCCUUCUCGUAAUUUCACCAUAGAAGAUUCGUCAAUCAUAGAAGAAGAUUUCAGGUUCCUAAUGGAUUUGUUUUGGUCAAAUGGUGACGGAUUACCACAGGAAUUGAUAGGAAAACAUUCAAUAACAGUGAAAGGUGUACUACCUCUUUUCUCGAGUGAUACUGGUAGCCUUAUUGAGAAAUUUAGAUCUUUAGUGAUUGAUCCUCAUGGUUCAUCCACCAAAUCAAGACUUCCUUUACCUUCGACUGCUGAACAAUGGGGCCAAAAUGAACCAAACACGAUUUUGAGAGUGUUGUGCCAUCGUAAUGACAAGGCUGCCACCACAUUUUUAAAGAAGAAUUACAAUCUCCCGAAGAAACUUUGAGAGAGAUUGUACUAACAGUUAUAACAUUGAGUUUGUACAGAAUAUGAUACACAUCAUCCAAUGAACACCAUGGAGCAUAGAGUGAAGGUUCUUUCUUUUCUGAAAAUAUAUUGUAUUUUCUGUUUGUUUUUUGAACCCAUGCAUUUAUUUAGAUAAUAUAUGUAUAGAGUUGAAGGGGUGUGGAGAGUUUGUCUUUUCCAUGGAAGCGUUUUGUUAGAUGCUUUCGCUUAGUAUAUGGAUUAUUGUAUAUAAGUAGGUUAUAUUGAUUUUGAGAGGUUUGUUACAUUGGGGAUAAUGAUUUUUGGUGAAAGGCUUGUUACAUUUGGAUUAA